CGGCCGGCAGGGGGAGGCGGGGGGCGCGGGGCAGCCCCGCCUUUCCCCCGAGGAGCCACCGGGCGGCCAUAUUGCGGAGCUGUCUGCUGUGGUGGCGGCGCCUCUCGUCCCCGGCGGCCCAGCGCUCCCACCGCCGCCUCUCCCUCCCUGCCGCAGCCGCGACGCCCGGCGCCGCCGCGCAGCGCCCCAGCCACGCUCGGGGCGGGAAGGAGCCGCUCGCUCUCGGGGGAGAAGAUACAGUUUAACAUUGGUCUUCAGGACAACUCUAAAUUUCAGCGAAGGUCACCAGCUUACUUGUGACAACAGAAUUCAUCAAAGUGAAUUUUUAAAGAAGGUGACAAAAAGAGAAGGAAAAUGCCGAAACCAAUCAAUGUACGCGUGACCACCAUGGAUGCUGAGCUGGAGUUUGCCAUUCAGCCCAAUACGACUGGCAAGCAGCUUUUUGACCAGGUGGUGAAAACAGUUGGAUUGCGUGAGGUCUGGUUUUUUGGGCUGCAGUAUGUGGACAGCAAAGGUUAUUCUACAUGGCUUAAACUAAAUAAAAAGGUGACACAGCAAGAUGUUAAAAAAGAGAAUCCUUUACAGUUUAAAUUUAGAGCUAAAUUCUUUCCUGAAGAUGUUUCUGAGGAAUUAAUUCAAGAAAUAACCCAGAGACUUUUCUUCCUGCAAGUUAAGGAAGCCAUCUUAAAUGAUGAGAUCUAUUGUCCACCAGAGACUGCAGUUCUUCUGGCUUCCUAUGCUGUCCAGGCCAAGUACGGAGAUUAUAAUAAAGAGAUUCAUAAAUCAGGCUACCUGGCUAAUGAUAGACUCCUACCCCAGCGUGUUUUGGAACAACACAAGCUGACAAAAGAACAGUGGGAAGAGAGAAUACAGAACUGGCAUGAAGAACACAGAGGAAUGCUCAGGGAAGAUUCUAUGAUGGAAUACCUGAAGAUUGCACAAGAUCUAGAAAUGUAUGGAGUCAACUAUUUUGAAAUAAAAAAUAAAAAGGGAACUGAAUUGUGGCUAGGUGUUGAUGCUCUGGGUCUGAAUAUUUAUGAGCAUGAUGACAAGUUAACACCUAAAAUUGGUUUUCCCUGGAGUGAAAUCAGAAAUAUUUCGUUUAAUGACAAAAAAUUUGUUAUAAAGCCAAUCGACAAAAAGGCACCCGAUUUUGUUUUUUAUGCACCUCGUCUGAGAAUCAACAAGCGGAUUUUGGCUUUAUGUAUGGGAAACCACGAACUCUACAUGCGAAGAAGGAAGCCUGAUACUAUUGAAGUGCAGCAGAUGAAGGCUCAGGCAAGGGAGGAGAAACAUCAGAAGCAGUUGGAAAGGGCACAAUUAGAGAAUGAGAAGAAGAAAAGGGAGAUAGCAGAAAAGGAAAAAGAGAGGAUAGAACGUGAAAAGGAGGAGCUAAUGGAGCGUCUGCGACAAAUCGAAGAACAGACACUGAAGGCCCAGAAAGAACUAGAAGAACAGACUCGAAAAGCUCUAGAACUGGAUCAGGAACGAAAGCGAGCAAAGGAAGAAGCAGAAAGGCUUGAAAAGGAGCGCCAAGCCGCUGAAGAGGCCAAGUCCGCUAUAGCGAAACAAGCUGCUGACCAGAUGAAGAAUCAGGAGCAACUGGCAGCAGAACUUGCCGAAUUCACUGCCAAGAUUGCACUUUUAGAAGAAGCCAAGAAGAAAAAGGAAGAGGAAGCUACUGAGUGGCAACACAAGGCUUUUGCAGCCCAGGAAGACUUGGAAAAGACCAAAGAGGAGUUAAAAACUGUGAUGUCUGCGCCCCCUCCACCUCCACCACCGCCAGUCAUUCCUCCGACAGAAAACGAACACGAUGAGCAUGAUGAGAACAGUGCAGAGGCCAGUGCGGAAUUAGCAAACGACGGGGUGCUGAACCACAGGAGUGAAGAGGAGCGUGUCACAGAAACACAGAAGAAUGAGCGUGUUAAAAAGCAACUCCAGGCGCUAAGUUCAGAAUUAGCCCAGGCCAGAGAUGAAACCAAGAAAACACAAAAUGAUGUGCUUCAUGCUGAGAACGUUAAAGCAGGCCGUGAUAAGUACAAGACUCUCCGGCAGAUCCGACAGGGCAACACAAAGCAGCGCAUCGAUGAGUUUGAAGCAAUGUGAGAGCUGUUAUUUUGCAUACAUGUUCUUCAUAAGCUGAACCACCAACAGAGAAAAGCAGGCCUUUGCAGAUGUGAUGGAAUGCACCCCACCUUGCCAAAGCACUUACACCAGUUGACUGUGGUGGCUAAAAGACCUCCUUGAGGGAACCCUUCAGCAUUGAGGCAGUGUGAUGUCAUGCUUGAUUUCCUUUUCCUUUUGGGCCAGGGAAUGGAGAACAGUGUUCCAUCACCUCUUUUCACAUUUUCAGUUUCCAUUUUUUUUUCUGUUGAAGAUUAACACUAAUUAUCAUGUUUGACAAAUGUGUAUGUGUGAUUUAAGCACUUUGUACAUUUCAAAGGAUGAUGGCGACUUAAUGAGAGUUUGCGUAGAGCACUCGGUUUUCUUUUGACCCUUCCAUAGUUUACCUGUGUGUAUUUCCACAUUCUGUCUCACUCAGAUUUCCUUGAUGUGCCCUUAUCGUAUCUCACCAUGCCGAUAGCCAUAAUUCUGCCAUCAGAUAGAUCAUUGGCAGUGGUCAGAAUGAAGGUAGGACAGGGUGGACAGUCUUUGAUAAUUGUGUAGAAGACCGGGAAGACCGCUAUGAAUCAUGAAAAGGAUUAGAAUAACUAAUAGUGUAAUAUGCAGCUGGUGGUUAAUGUUUUUUAAAACCCAGUUUGCUUACAUUAUUGGAUAUUUGAUACUUGCUUAAUUAGUUAUCUUUGAUAGCUGAAUGGAUUGGUGUUUCAUCGCCUGCCAUCCUUUGGUUUUCUUUGCCUGCCAUUCACAAAGGUGUAGACGGCAGGUGGUAGUUCCCGAGGAGAAUUUAUUGAUGAAAUACUACCUGCAAAUACCAGUUGUCUCCAAAAGGUUUAAAAAGUCUUUUCUUUCAAAGAUUGAUGUAGACAAACAUGUUUAAAAAAAAAUCCAUUUGUUGGUAAUUGAUUAUACUCAUUUUAAAAAGCCUUGGGCUUUUAUUUAAGGGCAGCAUUUGCAAACAUCAGUCCCAGGGAGGGGACAGUAACACUACCUCACUACUACACCUGCGAUGACUGGCUUUUCCAACACAGCGAAGUGUGUGAGCUGUGUUCUCUAACACACACCAGUACUGUCAGUCAUGGAGCAUUUCUGAGAUUUCCUUUGCCUUCAGAAUAUCUUAGAGUGCUACACUUUUUAACUGCCUUUUUGUUGAGCUGAAUUGUAGGACUCUGAUUUAUAUGAAAAUUGUAAGCUCUUGCUGGUAUACUAUCUUCCUGGAGGGUGUUCUGUGUCUGAGGAAGAGUGUGUGUGUGCGCGUGUGCGAGAGAGAGAGAGAGAGAAAGAGAGAGUUUUGCCCUUGUUGCAUAUGAAUGUCUGUACCUUCAUUUCUUGAUAUAAUUGUUACAUAAUCAUUUUAGCAGAUUUGGUUUCUAAAUCGUGCUUAUUUUUUCGUUCUCUAACUAAAAAUACUUAAAUUUGGUUUGUUGAUCCUAUUUUAGAAAUUAUAAUUUUAGGUUAUAUUAAGUUCAAUUAUGUCUUAAGAAAUCUUUCCAGUUUGAAAGAUGUUCUAAUACUCACAUGUUCUAACAUUUUCUUUAUUGUAAAACAUCUAGACUUGGAGAUGAGGAAAGCCUUGUUUUCUCUGUGUGGUUCAGCUACUUUUCAUGUGGUAUUAUGCACUCAAAUUUACAUUUAUCUAUUAAAAUUGCCAUUUGUUAAGCAUUUUUCAUGCACAGUAGAUUCAAGUUGUGUCUGAAAAUAUCUCUUGUGCUUUUUUUGAUUUUGCUGACUUUAAAAGGAUUAAUCUGGGCAGACAUAGGGAAAGGAAAGGUUGCAUUUAAUAUAUUUUUGGACUCUGUAGGACAAGAGAUAACUGGUUGAUAACCUUGACGUGACUGUUGUGUGGUGGUUGUGCACAUGCUUCAAAACCCCGUGGAAGAGAGUUUCUGCCUGAGCACGUGGGCGGGAGCGGUGGUGCGCCCGGCCCGUCCUGCUCUCGCGGCCGUGCUCGCUUUUCCAGAGCGGCCAAGCAGUUGCCCUAAGAGGUGAAAAUGUGGAUUUCCACUGGAUUUCUGUUCAUUUUCUACAUUUUGAAUCGUGUGCACUACCAUUGCUGCAUCAGUUUGAUAUCAGUGUUGAAAAUUUACCAGUUAUAUUUGCUGUUUAUAAUCUAUUUGUAGAUUAGGAUUAAAAUGGAUUUAAUCCAUUUUUAAAGCUGUGUGAAUUUUUCUAAACAGGAAACAACUAUUUGCAAUAUGGGUUUUCAUAGCGAUUAAGCCAGUUAUGAUUUUUAUUAUUAGCAAUUGAGAGCACGUGCUCAUCUAGCAAUGUAAAAAUAUAUGAAUGAGUAUUUGGUAAAUUCCAGCAGGUUUUACCAUGAGCAUAAUUUUGUGUUGUACAAUUAAGCUACAGUUACAUCUAUAAUUUUGGAUAACAUUCAUUGGUUAACAAUAAAGUGACAAAAGCUCAUGCCUUCAA